UCCUUUUUUUACCCCGGAAACAGGAAACUCCUGGCUGGAACAGGCACAAUAAUGGAGGUUUAGCUGUGCGCUAUUCUUACAUGGAACUAACUAAGGAUUUUACGUAUCGCAUUUAAACAUUGAAAUACUGUUCGUAGAGCCACUCCUAAGCGGCAGAGAUGACGGCCAUUAAACACGCACUGCAGAGAGACAUCUUCACUCCCAACGAUGAACGGUUGCUCAGCAUCGUCAAUGUAUGCAAGGCUGGGAAGAAGAAGAAGAACUGCUUCCUGUGUGCUACAGUUACCACAGAGAGGCCGGUUCAGGUGAGGGUGGUGAAGGUGAAGAAGUCUGAUAAAGGGGAUUUCUACAAGCGGCAGCUGGCCUGGGAGCUCCGGGACCUGACUGAGGUCGACGCCAAGGACGCCAACAAGGAGAACCCAGAGUUCGACCUGCACUUUGAGAAGGUUUACCGCUGGGUGGCCAGCAGCACUGCAGAGAAGAACUCCUUCAUCUCCUGCAUCUGGAAGCUGAACCAGAGAUACCUGAGGAAGAAGCUGGAGUUUGUUAAUGUGAGCCCCCAGCUGCUGGAGGAGCUCCCUAAAGCUGAAGAGUCGGUCCCCAGUGGGGAGAGUCAGAGUGUGUCGGGGGGAGAUGAGGACGCUCUGGAUGAGUACCAGGAGCUGAGUGCGCGGGAGGAGCAGGACAUCGAGGGCAUGAUGGAGGUGUGCGAGUACGCCAUCUCCAACGCCGAGGCCUUCGCCGAGAAACUCUCCAGAGAGCUGCAGGUUCUGGACGGGGCGAAUAUCCAGUCCAUCAUGGCGUCGGAGAAGCAGGUGAACACCCUGAUGCAGCUGCUGGACGAGGCGCUGUCGGAGGUGGACACCAUCGAGGGGAAGCUCAGCAGCUACGAGGAGAUGCUGCAGAGUGUGAAGGAGCAGAUGGACCACAUUUCCCAGAGUAACCACCUGCUCCAGCUCAGCAGCACCAACAACCUGCGUCUGCUCGAUGACAUCACCUUCCUAGUGAACUACAUGGACCUGUCGAAGGGGCACAUCAGGGCACUGCAGGAGGGAGACCUGUCUUCACCCAAGGGCAUCGAGGCCUGCAUAAACGCUUCGGAAGCCCUGCUGCAGUGCAUGAACGUCGCACUCAGACCAGGUCAUGAGAAGCUCCAGGCGGUGAAGCAGCAGCAGCAGCUGUUCUGUGACCUCAGAGACAGUUUCUCCCGCCGUCUCACCAACCACCUCAAUAAUGUGUUCGUUCACCAGGGCCAUGACCAGAGCUCCACCCUGACGCAGCACUCUGAGCUGACUCUGCCCAAACACAGUGCACUGCACAGGGACCUCCUGCGCUAUGCGAAGCUCAUGGAGUGGCUGAAGAACACACAGCGCGAGAAAUAUGAGGGGCUGACUGGGACCUAUGUUGACUAUAUGACCAGACUGUAUGAGCGGGAAAUUAAAGAUUUCUUUGAGGUGGCAAAAAUGAAAAUGGCGGGUACAAGCAAGGAGGGGAAAAAGUUUGCCACACUGCCACGGAAAGAGAGUGCUCUCAAACAGGACACCGAGAGCCUGCAUGGCAGCUCAGGGAAGCUCACGGGCUCCACCUCCAGCCUGAAUAAAUUGGCGGUUUCGGGCUCCAGCAGCCGGCGCUCACAGUCCUCCUCGCUGCUGGACAUGGGCAACAUGUCCGCCUCCGACCUGGACGUGGCUGACAGGACCAAGUUUGACAAGAUAUUUGAGCAGGUCCUCAGUGAAUUGGAGCCCUUGUGUUUGGCAGAGCAGGACUUCAUCAGCAAGUUUUUCAAGCUGCAGCAGAACCCAAAUCUCAGUGGAUCACAGGGGAAUGGAAGUGAUGCUGAUGGAACAACCAGACCACCCCAUCAUGGAGAGCAUCGGCAUUCCAUGUCUGAGAAAGACACGGUAAGGUUGAUGAUGAACAGUAUCUUCCACUGCAUUGAGGUGGAGUUGAACACGCUGAUAGCGUUGGGCGAUAAGAUGGACAGUUUCCACUCGCUGUACAUGCUGGUGAAGAUGAGCCACCACGUGUGGACUGCGGAGAACGUGGAUCCCGCCUCCUUCCUCAGCACCACCCUGGGCAACGUGCUCGUCACCGUCAAGAGGAACUUCGACAAGUGCAUUUCCAGUCAGAUCCGGCAGAUGGAGGAGGUGAAGAUCUCCAAGAAGAGCAAGGUGGGCAUCCUGCCGUUCGUCACCGGGUUUGAGGAGUUUGCCGAACUUGCCGAGACCAUCUUCCGCAACGCUGAGCGCCGCGGGGACCUGGACAAGGCCUACGUCAAGCUCAUCCGAGCGGUCUACAUGAACGUGGAGAAGGUGGGCAGUGAGAGCCUGAAGACUCCGCGGGACGUGGUGCUGAUGGAGAACUUCCACCACAUCUUCUCCACCCUGUCCCGCCUCAAGAUCUCCUGCCUGGAGACGGAGCGCCGCGAGGCCAAGCACAAGUACACCGACCACCUGCAGGCCUACGUCAUCACCUCGCUGGGCCAGCCGCUCGAGAAACUCAACCACUUCUUUGAGGGUGUGGAGGCUCGUGUGGCUCAGGGCGUGCGGGAGGAGGAGGUGAGCUACCAGCUGGCCUUUAACAAGCAGGAGUUGCGCAAGGUGAUCAAGGAGUACCCUGGGAAGGAGGUGAAGAAGGGCCUGGACAACCUGUACAAGAAGGUGGACAAGCACCUGUGUGAAGAGGAGAACCUGCUGCAGGUGGUGUGGCACUCCAUGCAGGAUGAGUUCAUCCGUCAGUACAAGCACUUUGUGGGUCUGAUCGGGCGAUGCUACCCAGGAUCAGGAAUCACCAUGGACUUCACCAUCCAGGACAUACUGGAGUACUUCUCCAGCAUUGCACAGUCUCACUAAACACACACACACACACACACACACACACACACAACAUCGCAGUCUCACUAAACACACACACACACACACACACACACACAACAUCGCAGUCUCACUAAACACACAUCCACACACACACACACACACACACACACACACACACACACAACAUCGCAGUCUCACUAAACACACACACACACACACACACACACACAACAUCGCAGUCUCACUAAACACACACCCACACACACACACACACACAACAUCGCAGUCUCACUGAACACACACACACACACACACACACACAACAUCGCAGUCUCACUGAACACACACCCACACACAACAUCGCAGUCUCACUGAACACACACACACACACACACACACACAACAUCGCAGUCUCACUGAACACACACCCACACACAACAUCACAGUCUCACUGAACACACACACACACACACACAACAUCGCAGUCUCACUGACCAUACACACACACACACACACACACACACACACAACAUCACAGUCUCACUGAACACACACACACACAACUUUGCAGUCUCACUGAACACACACACACACACACACACACAACAUCGCAGUCUCACUGAACACACACACACACACACACACACAACAUUGCAGUCUCACUGACCAUACACACACACACACACACACACACACAACAUCACAGUCUCACUGAACACACACAACAUUGCAGUCUCACUGAACAUACACACACACACACACACACACACACACACAACAUCGCAGUCUCACUGAACACACACACACACACACACACACACACACACAACAUCGCAGUCUCACUGAACACACACACACACACAACAUCGCAGUCUCACUGAACACACACACACACACACACACACACAACAUCGCAGUCUCACUGAACACACACACACACACACACACACACACAACAUCGCAGUCUCACUGACCAUACACACACACACAGCAUCAUAGAUUUCCUGCCAUACUCUAAAAACAUCUCUUUGCUGCCUGAUGCUUACUUGCUGAAUGUCAUCUGGUCCUGAAGUACAGCACUACUCUGCUGCUGCCUACUGGCUGGCAGAAGAAUGCCUCUGUAAUGUGGGUUUGCUCUGUUUCUCCUGUGUGAUGCAGACAUUCAGCCUCUCCGAGGAGCUGUGGGUGACCAAGAGCUUGUGAAAACAGAUACUAACACAGCAGACACUCUCCUAGCAUUGGCCAUUCUGAAAUACUUGUUUAAACUACAGCAUUAAUGUAUUCUUGCAUAAACACUCUACUACAGUUCCAAGUCCUUCUUGGAAGGAGAUUCUCAAACCCAUAAAAACACUAUGGGGGCCGUCCCCUGGCCUUACCGUGGGGAAGAGUGAAAGGUUGUAAAUAAAAAUGAAAGCGCAGUACAGUCCCAGAGCAGAACCCGGCCAGGUACUCACUGUGGGAGGUGGCUGCUUCACGCAGCUGAGAAUGACGUGCAAUAAACCUGUCCUGUUUCGCUUUGA